AUGGCUCUACCUCAAGACUUCCUCGCCACACCGGCGCCCAACAUAGUGGUCGACAGGAUUGAUUUUGCCAAGACAUGUCUUCCAGAGUACGCAGGACGCUACGCAGUCGUGCUAGACAAUGUCCUGAAUGAAGCUGAAUGUCAACAACUCAUUGAAGCAGCAGAGGCUACAACAAAUGGAGAAUGGGAACGUGCUAUGGUCAACAUUGGAGGCGGCCGUCAGGCACUGUAUGCUGACACACGGAACUGCGGGAGAAUCAUCAUGGACUCGGAGGAAUUGGUCGACAAAGUCUGGCAAAGGAUUGCAGCUAUACCUGAUGUGCAGGAGAUUAUGGAGUUGAAGAACUGCCCAAUUUAUUUUGGUAAUGGCCCAAGAAAGCGAGAGGAAGUCUGGCGCUUCAGUCGGCCGAAUGAGCGAAUGAGGUUCUUGAAGUAUCAAGGAGGAGAAUUCUUCCGCGCUCACUGCGACGGCUCCUACGAGCGAGAUGAUCGUAGCGAGCGCAGUUAUUUCACGCUACAUCUUUACCUCAACAACAGCGAUUCGCCGUCUGCAGAGGAGAUUGACAAGAUGAGUCCGGCAGAGCGGCUGGAAGCAGCAAAAUCGACGCUGGUCGGUGGUGCUACGACUUUCCACUGUAUGAGCUGCGACCCCGAAAGAUCACUCGAUGUCUUGCCACGAACCGGCAGAGUCCUGCUGUUUCAGCACCGCGAUCUUCUCCACAGCGGCGCCGACGUUAUCCAAGGCACGAAAUACACCAUGCGCACCGAUCUGAUGUAUUCGCUGGAGAGCUCAAAGAGCACGACGAAGAGCUCCAUGAAAUCUUUGCUUGAUUGA